AUGCUUCCCUCUGUUUAUGUCAAUUCAGGACCAAGCCAGUGUGCAAGAAGGGAGGGACUGGUGGAAAUUGAAGUGGCCGCGAAGAAUCUCGUGGAUCCAAUCUCAGAAUUAAGGACUACCGAGCCGUACUCUGAGAUCAGCAUCACUGUUUUUGAAAUGACGAUUCAGAAAACGCAGACGAAGGCACAGUGCCGUUCCCACCAAGAUGGAGGACUCUUCAAGGAAGUUGAGUGCACCAUUCCGACAGAACGUGUUCGCAUCUUCCUGGAGCAGUUGUGAGUUUAUUAUUGAGCAAAAACUUAUUUUUGUAUUUACGUGCUCUACUCUCUCAACCUUUCAACAGAACAGUACUCCAAAGCUAUUUACCCCGAAAUGUGCGUAAUGUUGCACGAACUCCUUUGCAUUUUAGGGAGGACAACAUGGCUGUGGAGGCGGAGUGGUAUCGGGCUAAUGCAAUUGAGAUUCCCAUUCCAGGCGCAGUACUUAAUGUGACGUUGAAUGGGACGUACGCCGACAAUAGCGCCUCUUCUCUGAAUGCCCUACGGCUUGCUAAACUCAGUAUUCAAAACAUAGCCUCCCACAUUGAAGCAACGAGACGUCUUCUUCCCAGUCCCCGUGUAAACCCUUGGAAGACAUGGGCCCUUGACAACACUGAGCGACUUCUCAGAGAGGCCUUCCUUAAGCACGGUACAGUGCAGUGCAAUUAA